AUGCCGCCUUCCAAGUGGGACGACGAGAGCGACGGCGAGGGUAACUCGCCUCCGGCGCCCAUCGUGCGCCGCGGCAAGUUCGACGAUGAGGAGGACGAGGAUGAUGUCCUUGACUCGUGGGAUGCAGCCGAAGACUCCGAAGUCGAACGCGAGAAGGAGAAAAAGGCCGCUGAAGCCAAGGCAAAGGCCGAGGCUGAGGCCAAGGCAAACCACAAGAGCAAGAGCCAGAGACUGGAGGAUCGUAUUAGGGAGAACAGGCUGAAGAAGGAAGCAGCCACGGGCGACAGCGACGACGAGGACGAGGACGAGGCCACACGCCGUGCGCGGCUGCGCAAGUCUGAGAUGGACUCUGACCUGGCGGCGGCCGAGGACCUCUUCGGCGAACUGGCCAUCGGCGGCGGUAGCAAGCGCUCUGCCACGAAGCCUGCCGUCAUGGUCGACCCGAAGGAUGCCAACAACACCAUCGAUCUCUCGACGCUUAAGAUCUUCAAUCCGAGCACCAAGGAUGACUUCCACAAGCUCCGUGAUACGCUGGCGCCACUUCUCGUAGCCAACAGCAAGAAGCCGCAGUACAACCUGUUCCUCCAGGAGUUCUGCAAACAAAUCGCGAAGGAGCUUCCCAGCGACCAGAUCAAGAAGAUCUCCAGCGGUCUCACCACGCUGUCGAACGAGAAGAUGAAGGAGGAGAAGGCAGCGGAGAAGGGCGGCAAGAAGAGCAAGGCGGCAAAGACAAAGACGAGCCUGAACGCCACGCGCGACGUGGCGUACAAGGCUGACACGGCAACCUACGAUGAGGACUUUGGCGACGACGAUUUCAUGUGA